CUAUUGUGGUAAGCUCGAAUCUCUCUAGUUGUUCUUCACAUGAUUUUCAAUUUGUUCUUAUAGUUGUAUUGGAGAUUUCAAUUGUUGUUCAAAUAUCAAUAAAUUUUGGAAUUUCUCCCUGCCUCAGUUCGCUCAGAAAGCAAAUUCAUGUAUGAAGAAAGUUGAGGAAAUUUAUACUCAGAUGCAUUGCUUCCGCUGGAUUUUGAUUCAAUUUAAAAGGUUAAAUUUUCCACUUACCCCUUGUAUAGAUUUUUUUUUAACCCCUGAAAAAAUUAAUUUGCACUGAAGACAGUGGCGGAUCCAGGACCCGGGGGUCAGGGGGUUCCAAAUCAAUAAAUUGGGGAGACCACAAAAGAGAAUACAUUAAACUUUCACUUUAAGUGCUUGGAUGUUGGAGGCUUUUGCUCUGGAAGAUCUUUUCCAGGUGCUUACUGGUUCUGUAUUGGAUGGUGGUGUUAUUUGUACGUCGGAGGGGUUGAAUGAGGUUUGCUUGGUCACCCCCCUUGAUGCUGGUGGAUGCCAUUCUGGGGUUGAUUUUCCAGAUGUGGAUCCUGAUGCUGUUGUGGUUGGGGGCUCUUGUGUUCCUAAGCGUCGGGGUCGUCCUAAGAAGGCCAGGGGUUGCGGCCUUAAUGGUUCUGCAUCUCGUUCUCGAGGGAGGCCUAGGAAAAUUAAAGCUAGAGACUCAGUUUUGGAGGAUGGGGGAUCUUCGUCACUUAUUCCAGGAACUUGUGAGUUGGAUGAUUCUUUGUUAUUGGCUGAGGGCUCUGCUUUGGUCAAUCCAUUGGCUUCUUCGUCAGUGCCGGAUUUGGGAACUGUUAGCAGGGGGCGUUUCUUCACGCGAGCAAAGAAGGCGUGGCUUCUCGGCAAGGUUGUGGGUAUGGUGUUUGAAGGGAGCGACAUCGAGGCUAUACAGGGUCUCGAAAAGGUUUUUGAGGAACAUUUCGUGCCUUGA